CGUGUGUAUAACUGGUUGAGUGAUAACGAGUUAAACUCUGUUAUCAAGUAUCAACUAACAAAUUGAAAUUUGAAAUAGAAAGUAAAUACUAAACUAAUUUAAUUAUCCAGUUCUUUAAUUCCGAACGACAUUUUGGUGAAUAUAUGUUAUAUAGGGACACUCGUAUUUUAUUAGAAAAUUAAUCGAAGGAUUUCCAGUAAUGGCGCCCCAAAAAGGUAAAACUGGCACUAAAGGCCAAAAACAAAUAUUAGAAGAGAAUGAGGCCACAUUGAAGUUUUAUAGAAAUAUGAUUGGAGCAGUUAGCGCUAUAUACAUCAUAGUUCAAUUGGCUUUUGGAAAUGUUUUUUCUCUUACAAACAUUUUUUUAUAUACUCUUGUUAUAGCAUCACACGGUGGUAGCUAUAAAUUUAUGGCAUAUAUGUCAGUAGCUAAAUUUACUGAAAAUGGGCAGUUACUAGAUGCUGGUACAGAUCUCAACAUGGAAGGGGGUUUAGCUGAGUAUACAAAGGAUUUGAUUAUAUUAACAUCAGGUUGCCAAUUAUUAUCACUUAUUUCUAAUUACUUUUGGUUUCUGUGGCUCCUAGCACCUGGUCAAGCAUUCUGGAUACUAUGGAAAAACUUUUUAGGACCCUAUUUUAUGCAAAAAGCACCAGAAGAUAAUUCACCAGAAAUAAACGAGAAAAAACAAAAGAAAUUGGAAAGAAGAAAAAAACGACAGCAAAAUGUACGGUUUUAAUGAUUUUGAUUGAUAAAUCGAGCUUAAUUAUUAUUUUUUUAAUUUAAAUUAUAUUUUUGUUAUAACUUUGAAAAUUUUUUUUUUGUAUGCAUUUAUAUAUAUAUAUAUAUAUACAUACACUAUACUUAAUAUUAUAUUUUACAUUUGUAUUUAUGAAUUGUAAUUCAGUUUGUGUAAUUUUAAAUACUAUAUUCAUAUUUGUAAUUAUUAACUCUGUAGUCAAUUAUUACGCUUUUAAAGAAUAUACUAAAAUAUAUUGUGUAUUGAUAA